AUGCAGGCAGACCGGUCCUCACGCCGCGGCGGUGGCCGUCCGCCCAGGGAAAGGGACUUUGGGUCCGGCCGCAGAGGAGGAGGUGGGAGAGGAUACAGAGACGAUCGCAACCAGGACCGCGACCGCAGGCGGUACGACGAUGACCGCGACGACGACCGCGACGACAGACGACGCUACCGCUCCAGGUCCAGAGAUAGGGAUAGGGACAGGGAUAGGGACGGAGGGAGGCCCGGAAGAGACAGAGACAGCAGGCGUGACCGCUCCAGGUCGCGUGACAGACCACAUCGCGACGGACGCCCGCCACGCGACGCACACGACUCCCGGCGUGGGCGGGACUCUGAUAGCAGAGAUGAAAGGAGCAGGGGCAAUGGAACGCCCAGGCACAGAGAUGGUAUGUGGGGCUUUCCUUCAGAGUUCUACACGAACACAAUCACUGACAUUCUUCAAGAUCCUCGCCGGAGAUCCGCAUCACCCAAACGCAGCGGCAGUCCUCCCACGGCAGACUUACCUCACCGAGGGAAAGGUGGCGUCGAUAGAUCCAACGCAAACUCUUCUAUGUCCGUCAAGGUAUCGCGUCAAGACGGCGAGCGUGAACGCGGCCGUCCGAGGGACGAGGAGGAAGAGGUUUAUCAUGAUGAUCGCGACCGACGGCGAGGGGCUGAUGGCCGGAGAGACGACGACGAAGAUGCUGAGCCGAUGGAUCAAGACGAAGAGGAGAUCGACGUCGAAGAUGGCGGCAUGGACGAUGACAUGGCAGCGAUGAUGGGCUUUGGGGGGUUCGGGUCCACCAAGGGCAAGAAGAUCGUGGGCAACAACGUCGGCGCUGUUAGGAAGGAGAAGAAGACCGAAUACCGCCAGUACAUGAAUCGCGUCGGCGGUUUCAACAGGCCGCUCAGUCCUGGUCGCUAA